CUCUCUCCGGUAGCUCUGUGCUCAAAAACAAGUGGACCGCAGAGCAGAGAGAGGGGGAUAAUGUCAGAGAGGGAGACGGCGGCCGGUGGCGACUCUCCUCACCUCGUGUGGCUACAAGGGUUCAGGAUGACUGGUCGGACCGGGGCUGGGAGACUGUUGGAAGGUCUGAAGAUCAGCUGGCAAUGAUCCAUAAAAUAAAUCUUUGAAGACAGACAGAGCAGCAAGAGGAAAGUGGAUGCUGGAAGGCCGCCAAUGAAGACCAUCCACCUUUACAUUUUCUACUCAGAAGAUUAAUGAUGGACGCGCACCCACCUCCACAGAUCGUGGUGGACAGGGCGAGUGAAGCAGAGUGUGGGGAAGGUGUAGAAGUGUCUGCAGACGACCAUCUGACCACCUUGAAGGCCUUGGCGGAGAAGCUAAGACUGGAAACCAGGAGGCCUUCUUACCAUGAGUGGAAAGCCCGGCUAGAGGCAGAACACUUUGGAGAGCCGGGAGCCGGGAAAGAUCCGAUCCAGACGGAGCCCGAAAGGAAACCGGUCACGCCCAGAAAGGCCGUAGCAAACUCGGAUGUGAUCCAGUGCAAGCUGUCAUCGGGUGUACUGAAGGGAUUCAAAAACAUCGACGAAGCUCUCGCUUGGCUCAGAAGAGAGCUGACGGAGAUGCGCCUCCAGGACCAGCAGCUGGCGAGGCAGCUCAUGCGGCUCCGGAGCGACAUCAACAAGCUGAAGAUCGAGCAGACGUGCCACCUGCACCGCCGAAUGCUCAACGACGCCACCUUCGGCCUCGAGGAGCGGGACGAGCUGUCGGACCUGCUGUGCGAGUGCCCCGUCACCCCGGGCCUCGGCCUGUCGGCCCCGCUGAGGCUCAUCGGCGUCACCAAGAUGAACAUUAACUCUCGCCGCUUCUCGCUCUGCUAGUGCCGGCGAUGCCGAUUUGAGCAAACGAAAAGAAGAAAAUCACUGAAUACAGAUCUCCCUGUGUAAUGCUAACCUUGCUCUAGUGCAGCCACGGCCAUAUAUCAUGUAGUGGUGAAGUCCUUUGUGCACUUCUUAGCGAUGAACCACGUUGUUGUGUUACAGUCCCUAUAAUCAAAGUGUGAGGUUUAGGUAAUGUAUAUUAUUUACAGAGAAGACCGUAGGAAGUCCAUAGACAGUGUUUUUUGCCUUUAAAGUAUACACGGCAGCUAUAAACAGCAACCUUCCCGUCUGAAAACACAUGCAGCAUCAUCAUGACUUGAAACAGAGUACUUGCAGUCUUAAGAAUAUUUGUGCCACUUUUUUUAUUCAGGUUUUAUCAGUACGGACUCCAUUGUUUUAUUCUGUGUACUUUUGUAGAUCCAAGUCGAUAUUUAUCAAGAACGGGUGAAAAAUCCGUAAAAUCUGUUUCUAUUAGGUACAGACCUCUGUAUGAUGCUUUCAGUGACAGUCAAGUGGUUUGUUCGCUGCGUUGUCCUUUCAAAAAAAGACGCCUUACCAUUGAUUCUGAUUGUACUGUACACUCUACACAGGUCUCAUUUAGUGAAUGGUAAUGUCAGUUUAUUUUGUGAAAUCUGAUGGAAAUGAUUUAUUCUUUGUAAUGAUUGUCAGAUUGCACUAGUUUCUGAUGUUUUCCGGUCCUUAGCUUAAGUUGAGCUCUGGGUUCUUCCUCUUGCUCUAAUGGUCCUCAUUUGAGACGCCAUCGUCUGUUUGAAACUAAAACAUGGGUGAGUGUCAUGGCUAAACACUCAAGUAUGAUGUGAUUAUGUGGAUCUUGUUAUGACCCCUCUAGUUAUGUUGUUGUUGCGGUUAUAAUUGGAUAUAUUGUUGGAAGAAGAGUUUUUUUUAUAACAAUAAAUUGGGUUUUCUUUUGAAAUAAAGCAUAAUUCAAGUAUAGUCCAACGCACAGGCCGCACACUAGGAAAAUGAGUUUAAGGGCUUGAGGUGCCCCUCCUCAUGGUUCAGAUACACUACAGUACAAUACACAAACACAGAUUUUAAUCCCUGAACCCCAUCUUUAAAUGAAUUUGUUUGAAACAAAGGUACAGAGGGAACAGAUUGCCUCUUAUAACCACAAUGAAAACGUCUACUACUGCACAGAUUGUUCCAGCUUUACAUGAUUAGCCUUCUGGACCAACACAACACUAGGCUUUUGUCUCAUCUAGUGCCGUCCCAGUUGCACAA